CCCAAGCAAAAGCGUUGAUUCUUAUUUACUAGAUUUAUGUGUAAUUGUUAACUAACUUGGUGUAGCUGGAAUUCUAUUAUGGGACAACUAUCAGCAUUCCAUUAAUUCAACAUCACGAAAUUCAGACUAGAAAUCCUUCCUGUUUACACAAAAUCGACCAAAGCCAAAGACCAUGGCGUCCACAUCGACAACAGAUUUAGAUUCCCAAGUGAAUGUGGAAGAUUUGCCAUUAACAUUUAAGGUAAAAUACAUCGGCUCCGAAGUGGCGCGUGGUCUGUGGGGCAUCAAAUAUACUCGCCGUCCGGUGGAUAUUAUGGUUGGCGUAGCCAAAAGUCUACCACCCAACAAAGUCUUACCACAAUGUGAUCUCAAAGUAUCGACCGAAGGCGUUAGCCUGCAAAUCAUAACACCAAAAUCAAAUUUGAAUAAUUGGAAAUAUCCAAUCGAUACGAUUUCGUAUGGUGUGCAAGAUUUAGUGUAUACACGCGUAUUCGCAAUGAUUGUGGUGAAGGAUGAACAAAACCCACAUCCUUUCGAGGUGCAUGCCUUCGUGUGUGAUAGUCGUGCGAUGGCGCGGAAGCUUACCUUUGCACUAGCGGCAGCAUUUCAAGAUUAUUCGCGGCGAGUGAAGGAGAGUGGUGAAAAAUCUGGGACAGAUAAUAUUACAACACAACGACAGAAAUUCGCAAUCGAUUUGCGUACACCCGAGGAACUGCAAGAGGGAGCCAAUGAAGAGACGGAGGCCUAGGCUUGCAGCGGCUUGAAUGAGAUGUCAAGUGCGUGCUUUGGUAUCUGUAAAGCAGCUAAAAGGUAUUUUUUACUCGAGUCACAAGGUGGAUAAAUAGUGAGGGCUGGAACUAAAAUAUUUUUGCUCUUUUUAAAGCAACUAUUAAAUUGCAUUUUUGUAUAUAUGUAUGUAUCUAUAUGUACACAAGUCAACGGUUAAUUCCGUUCGAGUUUGAAAUUUCAGUAGGAAAUAAGCUUAAAUAUUCUAUCAAAUAGCGACUAUUUCCAUAUUCUUAAGUUUAAACAAAAUAUUUCCAAUAUUUUUAAUAAUUUAUUAAAAAAGGUAUGUAUAUUUUCACUUUUUUGUACAGUGGAGCAAAAUAAUGUUUUCUUUAACUAAUUUUUGUGUUUUUCAUAUAUAUUUUUGCUACUUUGUAUUUCAAUUUUACUUUAUGGCUGCUAGAAACAAGAUAUAAACAAACGGAUAUGAAAGCCUAAAAGGCUGCUUUUUUUCAAGAAUUCGAAAAUAGAAAGUACAACCAAACCAAGCGCCUACAAGUCACUUGAUUUUCUUCUAUCAGAUGAAGGGUAGCAUACUUUAUGAAUUUGUUUCCGCUUUCAUAAAAAUAUUUUGAUGUUAAAGCUGUUAUUGAAUUAUAUUAAAAAUUUUAAAUUAAAUUUUUUACUUAUAUAAAUAAGUAAGUAUAAUUACCGUUAAAUCCGAGCGGAAAAGUGCAUUAACGUACUUUUGUUGCAUAUUAUUAUAGAACAUUUAUUUCAAAAUUAGAUUUUUACAAUAUUUUUUUUUUUUUGGUUAAAAUUUUGAUCGAUAAAAACUUUACGCAAAGCAACUUAAACAGUUAAUCAAAAAUCACUAUAGAAUGAGGUGUAAAGCAAACUUGAUAAAGAAUGAAUUAUAAACCAAAGUAUUUAUAAUGUGAUUGUAAGCAAAGUUUUUUUUUAUAGUUAA